GUUCAGAUAUUAUAUAUUGAUAUAAUCAGAGUGCGAUUGUGUUUCAUCGUCUCUCUCAAUUCUCUACCUGCUUUGUGAAUUGGGAUUGCGCGAUGGCGAACUGUAACGGCGAGAGCGACGCCUUUUUGGGAUCUCUCGUGAAGCGCCAGAAGCUCAUUAUCGACACCGACCCUGGAAUCGAUGAUAGUAUGGCGAUCUUCAUGGCCUUUCAAUCUCCGGAGUUGGAGAUCCUGGGCUUGACAACAAUAUUUGGAAAUGUUACUACAGAAGAUGCCACUCGCAAUGCUUUGCUUCUGUGUGAGAUCGCAGGGUUUCCAGGUGUUCCGGUGGCAGAGGGCAGCCCUGAGCCUCUAAAGGGGGGAAGGCCACGUGUUGCUGACUUUAUUCAUGGUUCUGAUGGCUUGGGGAACGCUUUUCUACCUCCUCCAAAACUAGAGAAAAUUGAGAAGAGUGCCUCUGAAUUUUUGGUUGACAAAGUCUCUGAAUAUCCUGGUGAAGUAUCCAUACUUGCACUUGGACCUCUGACAAAUUUAGCUUUGGCAAUCAAGAGGGACUCUUCCUUUGCCAGCAAGGUGAAGAAUGUCGUCAUACUUGGUGGUGCUUUCUUUGCAUUGGGAAAUGUAAAUCCCGCGGCUGAAGCAAAUAUCUAUGGGGAUCCGGAAGCAGCAGAUGUUGUGUUCACCUCUGGGGCAAAUAUUGUUGUUGUCGGAAUAAACAUUACAACCCAAGUCAAAUUUACAGAUGCUGACCUCCUUGAAUUGAGGGAGUCCAAGGGGAAGUAUGCUCAAGUCCUAAGUGACAUGUGCAAAUUUUACAGAGAUUGGCAUGUCAAGUCUGAUGGUGUCUAUGGGAUUUUCCUUCACGACCCUGUCAGUUUUGUAGCACUAGUCCGUCCUGAUCUCUUUACAUACAAGAAGGGGGUCGUAAGGGUUGAGACACAAGGCAUCUGUGUAGGGCAUACGCUUAUGGAUCAAGGAUUAAAAAUAUGGAAUACAGGCAACCCAUGGACGGGAUAUUCCCCUAUAUCAGUUGCUUGGACUGUUAAUGGGGAGGAAGUUCUUAAUUAUAUCAGAACAUUGUUGAUGAAACCAUGAAAGCAGGGGAAUAUGGUCUCCUUCCAGAAAGAUGCUAAAGACGAAAAUGAAGUUGGGGUGCCUCUUAUUUCUGCUGAAAGUUCCUUCAUGGCUUCUCUUCUUUCUCGGUAAUGACAACCCUAGUUUAGGGAGUGAAGGGCUUCUUAUUGGUCUCACAUUGAUCAAUUCUUGCCCUAAUGUAUUUGAAUUUGUACAAACUUUCACUUACUGAUCUUCAAAAGCAAGUCGGUGUAAAAUGUGAACAAUAAAUAGUUAUCCACAUACAUAAUGUUGGCAUCUCUCUUCAUAUAUUGAUUCUUAAUUCUCUCA